GGCGACUAACCUGAGCACCGAAACGUUAAGUUAGUUAUAAAUAAUACAAGUGUGCACCAGUAGCCGUGCAGUCAUCCAGUUCCGCAAAGAGCAUGGGCUGGCCUAACCACUGACCGAACAACAAAAUAACAAGGACGACAUAUAAUUUGCGUCUUAGCCGAAGAUUAGAAAACACCAAAGGGGCCGUUGCACCAGUCAGUAUGGUCGAGCCCAUUUUCGAGUAUCAAUUCCGCCUGAUACUCAUUGGCGAUAGUACAGUGGGCAAGAGUUCGCUGCUUAAAUUCUUUACAGAUGGAAAAUUUGCCGAGCUCUCGGAUCCGACAGUGGGCGUGGACUUCUUUGCCCGCCUCAUCGAGAUGAAGGAUGGGACACAAAUCAAACUACAGUUGUGGGACACUGCCGGACAGGAGCGCUUCCGCUCCAUCACAAAAUCCUACUAUCGCAAUUCAGUCGGCGUUCUGCUCGUGUAUGAUAUCUCGAAUCAUGCCAGCUUUGAGCAUAUACCCCUGUGGAUGAUGGAGGCCCAGCGCCACAUCGAGCCGCACCGACCCGUCUUCGCGCUGGUUGGCUGCAAGCUGGACCUCAUCAAUGCGGGCGGCCACCGCGAAGUGUCCACAGAGGAGGCACAGACGUUUGCCAAACAGCAUGGCCUGCAUUUCGUUGAGACUUCCGCGCGCACCGGAGCUAAUGUGGAGGAGGCCUUCCGCAUGGUCACCCAGGAGGUGUACGCCCGCAUCCGCUCCGGCGAGUACAAGGCGGAGGACGGUUGGGACGGCAUCAAGGCCGGCUUCGCGACGCCCAACAGUCUCGACUUCAAUCUCGUUGUGGCCGAGCCGGAGAAGUCCUCAUGUUGUUGAUUCGUUUUUUGGGUCCGUUUUGAUUGUUUUGUUUGUCUACCCAGCGCUAGGUUUUUUUUUUGUGUUUUCUAUAGUUUUCCCUUUCUCUUGUAAAUUUGUUUUUUGUCGAAUUCUUUUGUAUGGGCCCUGUCCAUCCUUCAAAACCGUAGGCACUCUUAAAACCAUCUAAUUUAGCUGAAAAACCAAAUCACUAAUUCGUUACAUUAAUACAAAACUAUUUUUAGUUUCGUUUUUAAGCAAAUCGCAUAAUUGGGUUUUUCUUUGGUAACCCCGACACCGACCCCGACCCCCUGGUACUGGUAGAACUAUUUUGUGAGCCCUUAAAUCAAUAACAUCGGAUCCAAGUCAUUCGGAAAAAGGGUCUGUUCAGCUUUACACAUACAUAGCAGAGUUUCUGUGCUCCAAAAUCAUACCAGACAUAGGCUCUAUAUACACGAAAUACGAAAGAAAAGCUAUACAUAAUAUACUUGAACUUGAAAUAUAAA